CGUUGAGUCCUAGACGGCGACGCCGCGAGAAGUCGGACAGCGCGGCAGUUGCUGUUCAAAGCGGAGCUGUCUGGGGGUUGUCGCCACAGUUGUUGCCGCGAUGAGUCGCAGCUACAAUGAUGAGCUGCAGUUCUUGGACAAGAUCAAUAAGAACUGCUGGAGGAUCAAGAAGGGCUUCGUGCCCAACAUGCAGGUUGAAGGAGUUUUCUAUGUGAACGAUGCUCUGGAGAAGUUAAUGUUUGAGGAAUUAAGGAAUGCCUGUCGAGGUGGUGGUGUUGGUGGCUUCCUGCCAGCCAUGAAACAGAUUGGCAACGUGGCAGCCCUGCCUGGAAUUGUUCAUCGAUCUAUUGGGCUUCCUGAUGUCCAUUCAGGCUAUGGGUUUGCUAUUGGGAAUAUGGCAGCCUUUGACAUGAACGACCCCGAAGCAGUGGUGUCCCCAGGUGGUGUUGGAUUUGACAUUAACUGUGGUGUCCGCCUGCUGAGAACCAAUUUGGAUGAAAGUGAUGUCCAGCCUGUGAAAGAGCAACUGGCCCAAGCCAUGUUUGACCACAUUCCCGUGGGAGUGGGGUCCAAAGGUGUCAUCCCCAUGAAUGCCAAAGACUUGGAGGAGGCCCUGGAGAUGGGUGUGGACUGGUCCCUGAGAGAAGGCUAUGCCUGGGCAGAAGACAAGGAGCACUGUGAGGAGUAUGGGAGGAUGCUGCAAGCUGACCCCAAUAAAGUCUCGGCAAGGGCCAAAAAAAGAGGCCUUCCUCAGUUGGGGACUCUGGGAGCAGGUAACCACUACGCUGAAAUCCAGGUUGUGGAUGAGAUUUUCAAUGAAUAUGCUGCAAAGAAAAUGGGCAUCGACCAUAAGGGACAAGUGUGUGUGAUGAUCCACAGCGGGAGCAGAGGCUUGGGCCACCAGGUAGCCACAGAUGCACUGGUAGCUAUGGAAAAAGCCAUGAAGAGGGACAAGAUUAUAGUCAACGACCGCCAGUUGGCUUGUGCUCGCAUUGCUUCCGUAGAGGGUCAGGACUACCUGAAGGGAAUGGCAGCAGCUGGGAACUAUGCUUGGGUCAACCGCUCCUCCAUGACCUUCUUAACCCGUCAGGCUUUUGCCAAAGUCUUCAACACCACCCCUGACGACUUGGACCUGCACGUGAUCUAUGACGUUUCUCACAAUAUUGCCAAAGUGGAGCAGCACGUGGUGGAUGGGAAGGAGCGCACGCUGUUGGUGCACAGGAAGGGGUCCACCCGUGCCUUCCCACCUCACCAUCCCCUCAUUGCUGUGGACUACCAGCUCACCGGACAGCCAGUGCUCAUUGGCGGCACCAUGGGAACCUGCAGUUACGUUCUUACCGGCACUGAACAGGGUAUGACCGAGACCUUUGGAACAACCUGCCACGGUGCGGGCCGUGCUUUAUCCCGUGCAAAAUCUCGACGUAAUUUAGAUUUCCAGGAUGUCUUGGACAAAUUGGCAGAUAUGGGAAUUGCAAUCCGUGUUGCCUCACCAAAACUGGUUAUGGAAGAGGCUCCUGAGUCCUAUAAGAAUGUGACGGAUGUCGUGAAUACCUGCCAUGAUGCUGGAAUCAGCAAGAAAGCCAUUAAACUGAGACCAAUUGCUGUUAUAAAAGGGUAGGACCUUAGCCACUUGGGCGCCGAUCACCACUAAGCUCCCUGCAGUGGAAGUGGACUGAAACACUCUUCAGACAUCAGACUUGGAGCUGACAGGUUCCAGAGAGCGCAGCUGCCACCGUGCCUGGUGACUGGCAGGGAGGCUGCUGCUUUCAGGAGCCAGCAUAGUACAAUACGGUCUCCCGGGAGAAGUUAUAUUGCCCCCUUUGGGAUGGGAUGAAUAUGCUUCCUCCUCAUUUGUCCCACAGGUUUUUAGGGAAAUCUUUUAAGGAGUAGGGAGAGGUCAAGAAAUUGCCUUAGUCAUAUAAUUCUUUGAUCAUCAGAAUGGACUUCUUUAUUCAAGCUGUGUUUAUAUACCAGCGAGUGUCGUGAAGAACAUUCUAUUAAAUUAAGGUUUUGGAAUGUU